AUGUGGCUAAAAAGGAUUGAAUUCAGCUUGGAUUCUUUCUUGGUUCUUCCACAGCCUGCCCUGUAGAGACAUCAGCAAAUCACUCAACAACAACUUGUUUCUUCAUUUAUAAACCAGCAAUUUCUGUCUCCCCGAGAGGUGCAAGGUUAGCUGAGGCAAAGCUGAUCAAAACUAGAUGGAAAAUGCUGCAGAAACCUUCGUUGCACUGCACUGACUGAGCUUGCCCUGAGUGUGGUGAUGAGUUCUGUGAGUUCCAACCCUUCCACAAGGGCCCUUCAGGCAGAGGUCAGGGGGACAGUGGGUGCCAAUGCUGCUGUAAUUUGGUGUUGACAUUCUGGAGUGAUUGGAAUGAUUGUGGAGUGGCUUUCCUCUUGCAAUGGGCUCUAUUUUCCAUAAGCCAGUGUAGAUGACGUUUUUCCAAGAAAUUCAUCUGGCUCAGAAGCAGUUCUGGGGGCUGUUCACAGGCUGUUAUGGUGACCUGUGCUCUGAAUGACUGUUGUCCUCUAUUAAAUGCCACUCAGAAGGUGCCCUUGUAAACUGUUUGUGGAAAAACUGUUCAAGAAGCAGCUGCCUUUGUCCUUUUUCAGGAUUAAACUGAUGUGCCACUAUAGAACAAAACCUCCCAGGUUUAGAUUGGUCAAUUAGCAGCCAGUGAUUGCCUUCAGCAAGGGCACAGCUGACACAGGGACUGUACUUUCUUUUAAUGUAAAGCUAAUUUAAUGCCUACCAACAGUCACAGCCUGAAAGAAUCUCUGAGCAUCUCUGCCCCACUCCUGAUGAUAACAUGGAAAAACUCUCCACAAACUUAGAAAGCAGAACAAAGAGCGGAGUGGGAAGCUAAUGGAAGAUGUGUCACGCUGCCAUGGCAUCAGAGCCUGUGUGUUCUCCAGGCUUUUUUAACAGAGUCCUUGUCUCAGCUACAUCUCCAGGACUGUGGGAAGAGGGGGAGGCAGGCACAGGUCUUGUGUUGAUGCUCAGCAUCAUCACUGUGCUGCUUUCUGUGCUGCUGCUUUCACUGCAGUUACAGCCCCAGCCUGUAAUUUGGGGAUCGUGGGUUAUGUUCCUCUCUUUGCCAAGGCUUGACUCCCUUUCCCCUCACAGCACUGAGUUGUCACAAUUAUGCUCGAAGCUUAAGGACAUCCAAAAUUAGAGGCAUCAUUAUGGAAAUCGUCCUUUUCAGCACAACUCUAAACUGAGUCCUUGCUGCCACCUGCUUUCCUGGACAGAGAUGUUGACAGCUGGAAGGAUAGGCCUUUGAAGAGCCUCUUCCUUCUAAUUUUGUGGCUGGUUUUAAUCCUCUGAAAUCAUCUGCACAGACCUAUGCCUGUGACUUUCAUUCUUUUUAGUGGUUGGGUUUUUUUUUUAAGUCUUUCUGACCACUGCCCAAGGAAUCUCUCUGGACCCCAGCAGGUAGUUCAGUGGGGCAGAUGGGAAAUGAAGCCAGAAUGAGUCCAAAAUCACUGUGUGUGUUUUGCUGCUGACUCACGACACCACCACCAUUUUUCUCCUCCCCAACACCCAUUCUGGCUUCCCCUUUUUUAUUUAUCUCUUUUUUUUCCCCUCCAUUUCCCGUCUUAGAGUACAGCUGAGUAGUUUCCCCUUUUCUCAAACUAGUUUUGCUCCUGGGAUGAUCUUUGCUCUGUCCAGAAUAUAAAGGGAGGCUGCACCCAGGACAAGUUUUCUCAGAGCCAGGACUCAGGAGAAGAAACCAGGAGGUUUUUGUGACUGCACAGGCUCAGGUUGGUCCGUGGAAUACAGAAUGGCUCGUGUUAACAGGGAAAAAUACAUUUUACAGCUCUGAGGCAAUAAUGGGUUUAGCAACAGAGAAAUGCAUCUCCUGUAAUCUGCUGGUGUUUGUGACCAUAAAUUGCUGAAGCUGCAGAUGUGUGAGGUGGGAUGUCCUGGAGGACGCAGGGGAAUGUUUGUUAGUGAGAUCUGACAGCGCUUUCUUGGGAUAGCUGUCGGGAAUCUAGAGCUGGUUGGAUUUUCCUUUGUUCUCAGGGCUCUCCAUGACUUGCCUAUCCCCACUAAGUCUGUUCCUAAAUAGUUUUCCUUUCCUGUUGCAGUGAGCUCUGGGAGCUGUUCAGCUGCUUGGAAGGAGGUUCCUUGAGCUUUGGUGACUUCUGUUUUCUGAGAAUUUCUCCCCAGCUGUGGCAGCAGCACUGGCACCACCCUCAGCUGCCGCUGCCUCCACUCCGGGACCUCGCUUUGUGUGAGGUGUGACCGUCCCACGGGUGAUUUGCCAGCACGUGGCAGAUGUGCUCCUGUGCCUAAAGGACACUUUUCCAUCCUCACCCUUGGCUUUUCCACCACGCUCCGGGAGGCUGAGUCUGCUCGUUUGUUUUCUGGGCGUCGUUUCGCAGCCAGGACAGCGCCGCUCACUGACACUCCUCCCCCCUGCCAUGCUGGAGGAGGACAACGACGAGACCUGCUGGAACAACCUGGAGAACUUCCGAGUGAAGCUGAUCUCCGUCAUCGACCCCUCCCGCAUCACCCCCUACCUCCGGCAGUGCAAAGUGCUCAGCCCUGAUGACGAGGAGCAGGUCCUCAACGACCCCAGCCUGGUCAUGCGCAAGCGGAAGGCAGGAGUUCUUCUGGACAUUCUUCAGCGAACAGGACACAAGGGCUUUGAGGCCUUCAUGGAGAGUCUUGAGCUUUAUUAUCCACAGCUGUAUAAGAAAAUAACUGGCAAGGAGCCCAGCAGGGUUUUCUCUAUGAUUAUAGACACUGCUGGGGAAUCAGGCCUGAGCCAGCUGCUGAUGAACGAGAUCAUGAAGCUGCAGAGCGCGGUGCAGGAGGAGCGGCGCAGGGCCCAGGAGCUGACGGUGUGGCUGCACAGCAAGGAGGACACCAUCAGGGAGAUGUGGGUGAGGGACAGCCUGCUCCGAAAGCACCAGGAGCGCGCCCAGAGGAUGAAGGAGGAGAGGGACAGCCUGAGCAGGGAGCUGAGGAAGUGCAAGGACGAGAACUACAACCUGGCCUUGAGCUUCGCCAAGCAGAGCGAGGAGAAGAGCGCGGCCCUCAUGAGGAACAGGGACCUGAUCCUGGAGAUUGACCACUUGAAGCACAGCCUCAUGAAGGCUGAGGACGACUGCAAGCUGGAGAGAAAGCACACCAUGAAGCUCAAACACGCCAUAGAGCAGCGCCCCAGCCACGAGGUGGUGUGGGAGAUCCAGCAGGAGAAGGAGCUGCUCUUGGCCAAGAACCAGGAGCUGGAGAACACUCUCCAGCAGGUUGCCAGGGAACAGAAUUUGGAGAAGAGCCUCUCCAAGGAGGCUCUGGAGGGUGACUGCAGGCAGGUCCUGGAGGAACGGCGGGAGCUGGUGAACACCAUUUACAGCCUGCGCAAGGAGCUGCGCCGAGCCAGGGCGCUCCAGGACAAACAGUAUGCAGAGGAAAAAGAGAUGCUUGAACUGCAGUGCACAUCCCUGAGGAGGGACUCCCAGAUGUAUAAAAAACGGAUUGAAGCUGUUCUGCAGCAGAUGGAGGAAGUGGCCGCAGAAAGAGACCAGGCUCUCCUGACCCGGGAGCAGUUCCACCUGCAGUACUCCAAGAACCUGGUGGAGAGGGACACGCACCGCAAGCAGAUCCGGGAGCUGGGGGAGAGAUGUGACGAGAUGCAGCUGCAGCUCUUCCAAAAGGAGAGCCAGCUGCUGGCCACCGAGGCCAAGCUGAAAAGGUUGCAACUGGAGCUGCCCACCCCGACCUCUGACCUGGAUGACACGUCCUCCAGAGAUUCCCAGGAACUCACCCUUCACAGUCACCUGGAUGAAGAUGCACAGCCCACUAAAAAUUGCCCUGAAGGACCAAACCAGCAGCUCAGCCCUGGAGAGGACAAUCUGCCCCCAAAGUCACCCAGUGAGUGUGGCUUGGCCAGCGAGGAACUGGCAGAAAAGGAGAGGAAGAGGAUGAAGGAUUGCUUUGAGCGCUACCGAAGGUGUGCGUUGCAAAAAAGAGCCAUGAGGAGGGUGCCAAAGGACCGGCACCACGAGGCCGACUGGGAGAACACCACGGGCAGCGACAACACCGACACCGAGGGCUCCUGAGCGGGGACAGUGAGGACACUGAGGGCUCUGGAAUGAGGGACAACGGGGACACCCUCAGCUCCUGAGUGCAGGAGCCAACCUGCGAGGAAAACCUAGCCUGUGCUGGGGUGGCUGAGCCUCUUUCGUGGACUAUUUCGAUUUUAAAACCGUCCACCCCAGCAUUCGCGAAAAGUUAACGCGUGAAAGGCCGAUCCGAGCCAAAGGUUUGGACUCCGCGUUCUCAAGAGGUCUUUUCCAACUCGUUGCUUCUGCCUCUUGACAGCCCCUCUUCUAUCUCUCUUAUGGGUUAAUAAACACCAUUAAAUAUCUGUGGCAGUGCCCGGGGCUGAGCUGCGGUUAAUUAAAGGGUUAA